AUGUUCCGCAAAAGGCACCUAAGACCCAACCAACUAGACCAUGACCAGGACGACCAGGACGACCUAGACGACCGAAAAUCACGACCCAACGGAGAAGAGUAUAAUGGAGGCUUCCAAAAACGAAACACUCUAUCACCUGACGCCUCGAUUAACAAACGAAGACUCACUGAGAGAUCCAACCCACGUCAUGACCAUCACGAGUCCGACCGACUUGAUGGAUACCACAAGUCCGACCGACUUGAUGGUCAUGGAGACGAUGAUGAUUAUGGACAUGAUAGUGUCUUGACAGUGGAAGAACUGAGAGCCUUGCAGGAAUUCAGAGCCACUGGCCGUCGCGGUAUUGACACCGACCCCAACCUGCCGAAAGAAGAGUCCGUUGCCGCCAAGUCAGAACAGCCAGAGGUGCCGAGUGGAGACACCGCACACUCUCGAGUGCUGGAAACACACGCGCUGGACGACGAAGACAAACCUCUACCCGGAGGCCUUUUCAGCAAAAAGAUACGGGACAACCUGCUCGAACGGGCCCAACUGGGCACUGACCCCGCAGCUGCUAAGUCCCAUAAGGUACUCCAGGCUGUGUCCAUCCCGGAUGACCACGCGGGACAAGUGUGGAAACCGAUUCUGCAAGAAGUCGACCUGGACGAAAACACAUAA